AUGUUCAAUAACAGGCACUGGGUAUUCCAACAAGAUUCGGCGCCAGCUCAUAGAGCGAAGAGCACACAAGACUGGCUGGCGGCGCGUGAAAUCGACUUCAUCCGGCACGAAGACUGGCCCUCCUCCAGUACAGAUUUGAAUCCGUUAGAUUACAAGAUAUGGCAACACUUGGAGGAAAAGGCGUGCUCAAAGCCUCAUCCCAAUUUGGAGUCACUCAAGACAUCCUUGAUUAAGGCAGCCGCCGAUAUUGACAUGGACCUCGUUCAGCACUUGUGUACGAUGUUUGCCACUGUGAUCUGGCGGGUGUACGCCGUGCUGGUGGCGGCCAGCGCCGCGCUCUCCGAGAUCACUGUCGUGCAGAUGCGGUUAGAUUACAACGUGGAGUAUGAGUUGCAGCUAAACGAUACGGUCGAGUACAUCCUGGACUUCACGCCACCUGAAACGACCGAGUCGGAGGAAGGUGUCUCGUGGCCUACUGUACUAUGCGUCAACAGUUCCGGCGGCGACUUGGCGCAGCCAGUACUGCUUACUUCGCGUCUCCGAGCCGGUGCGAUCACAUGGCAGCUGCCGUACGAGUCGGACUCUACCACCCACUUCGAACUGGAGCGCACGCUUUGCCCAGAUGACACAGCGGAACUGGAUCCCAACCCCAACUGUGGUGCAAGGUCUGGUGGGACAGUGGGGCGCGGUGCGUUCUCGCUGCACGUGUCCUCAUCUUGCGGAGCGCUGCUGCUACAUUUGGUGGCGCGCCGGCCACAACACUGGCGCCUGCCUUUCCUCUCACCAGUCCACCUCGCCGCCACCCAGACAGCGCCACGCGUGUUUCACUACCAGUUCGAGGAAGGACAGCAAAGCGUGCGGCUCGUGGUACAGUCCGAUGACGACAUAUGCGUCUCCAUUUCAAUACAGAAUUACUCGUGCCCGAUCGCACAGACGCUGGAAGAGAUAAGCAAUACGGGACUUCGGAUGACGGUGCUGCGAUCUGGUGCCGUACAGUUGUCGCGGUGGCGCUACCCGCGCGGGUUCCUGGUGGUAGCGGUGGUGCUGGCGAGGCAGGAGGCAUGUGGUGAGGUGGGGACUGACGACUCCGCCUGGUUAUGGGCCGCCGCAGUACUGGGUGACCAGCCAGCACAUCAUGACUCACCGCCGCGUACCAAGCUACUCACCUUCACCGUAGAGGCGUCGCUGAGCCGCACGCAGUACGCGGUAGCGAUCGGCAGUACGAUGGCGCUGUUCCUGGCGUUCUACGUGGCGUUUGGCGCGCUCGUGCUGGCGCAACGCUGGCCGCCCUUCCAUGAUCUGGUGCGCCCCACUGCCGUGCUCGCGGACACCUCGGUAAUAGAAGAAGCUCUACCAACACAAACUAACGGAGCUCCAGCUACAAGCACACCGGCUCGUCGCCGGCGAGGCUCAAACGACACUUUCGACAGCAGCGACGGCAGCUCGUCCGAGGAGGAGGAGGAAUCUGCCUCCGCCUCCCCUAUCUUCCCCGCCACCCCCACCUCCCCCACUGCCCAAGUCGCUCUCACGACCCCCGUUGACCCAGUCUCCCCCGUUUCCCCCGUCUCCCUCGUCUCGCCCGCAGCGUCACCGCACGCCAAUGGAGGCACUAAUACCACCGAUGAACAGCGCGCGGGCCCGUUCGGGCUGCCGGCGCGGCUGCGGCUGGCGGCGCUGGCGCGGCGCCGCGAGCGCACCCUGCGCGCGCGCUCCGACCGCUACCUGUACACGCUCGUCACCGUCGCCGUCUUCUACGCGCUGCCCGUCGUGCAGUUCGUCGCCGUCAUACACCUCAUGAUGAACGUGUCGGGGUCGCUGGACACGUGCUACUACAACUUCCUGUGCGCGCACCCGGCGGGGCUGCUGCACGACUUCAACCACGUGUUCUCGAACGCGGGCUACCUGCUGCUGGGCGCGCUGUUCCUGCUGCAGGUGCAGCGCCGCCGCGCGCGCCGCCGCCGCCGCCCCCGCCACCAGGACUACGGCAUCCCGGCACACUACGGGCUGCUGUCAGCUCUGGGAGCCGCCAUGAUGGUGGUCGCGCUGAUGUCCGCCAGCUACCACGUCUGCCCGAAUCGACUUAACUUCCAGUUCGACACGGCGUUCAUGUACGUGCUGGCGGUGCUGAGCAUGGUGAAGGUGUACCAGUCGCGCCACCCCGACGUCAACGCGCGCGCACACUCCACCUUCGCCGCGCUCGCUGUGCUCAUCGCCAUCGUGGUGUGGGGCGUGCUGGGCGGCGGCGGGCCGCUGCUGUGGGGCGUGUGGAGCGCGCUGCAUGUGGCCACCUUCCUGCUGCUCUCGUUGCGCAUCUACUACGUGGGACAGUUCCGACUUGAGAAGGAGAGCGUGGCGGAGGCUGCGCGCGAGCUGCGGCGUAGUGCGCGUCCGCUGUACAGCGCGCGCCUUGCGCUGCUGCUGCUCGCCAACGCGCUCAACUGGAUGCUCGCCGCCUACGGGCUGGUGAGGCAGACGAGCGACUUCGCGGGACACAUGCUGCAGGUGCUACUGGGCAACACGCUGCUGUACAUGGUGGCGUACCUAGUGCUGAAGCUGGUGCAGGGCGAGCGGCUGCGCUGGUACGCGUGGUGCUGGCUGGCGGGUGCGGCGGCCGCCUGGCUCCCCGCAAUCUACUUGUUCCUCGCCGGGUCGGCCGACUGGGCCGCUUCGCCUGCGCGCUCGCGCCUCCACAACCAUCGCUGCAAGGUAAUGCAGUUCUACGACUCGCACGACCUGUGGCACAUGCUGUCGGCCGUGGCGCUGUACUUCUCUUUCAAUGCCAUGCUCACGUGGGACGACGGACUCUCCGCCGUCAAGAAAUCUGACAUCCCGGUAUUUUGA